AAUCGAAAGGAUCUUUUGACAACCAAGCUCUUCCGGAAAAUCCAUGAUGGCAUGACAACUGGUAGGAAUCGGAAGUACAAUGUAGCAGGGGGCUUGGAGUAAUAAGGAGGUUAUCCGGAAGCGGUUGCAAAUGCAGAUCGAUACUCCCGCCAUGGGUACAUGAAGAGUGAUGUUGCGCUGGAUUCUCAUCACUUGCAAAUACAGAAGAUCAUAGUUUUCCAUUGAUUGGACUGCUUGGUUCCUUCAAGAAAGAGAGUUGUCGUGUCAACUUCACAUUGCCUUGUCCUAACCGGUAGCAGCUGAAAGAAGAUUUGUAUCCAACAUCACGAUGAAGAAGGUAUCCUCUUCCGUGCUAUGUGUUCUUCUUGUACUUGGCAGUAUGGUACAAGCAUCAGUCUCCUUGAAAGCAAAGUCUGAGUAUUUGGUCAAGGGAUUGGGAGACGUCACUCCUGCCUACAACGAGUUUGAUGGAGAAAUGUAUGCUGGCAUGAUACCCAUUCACAAUGACACUGACAAGAAUACGAAUCAACGAGAGGGUGAAAUCAUGUUUUGGCUGUUUGCUCCUCGCAAGCCUCUCGUCCCCAACACUCUUGUGAAGUGGCUCAAUGGAGGGCCGGGAUGUUCUUCCUUUCAAUGUGGAAACCUCUUUGAAACGGGGCCUGUAACGGUACCUCUAAACCCGGCCGGUUGGUGUUGUGCCACAGAGGACGAACCACUUCAAGUCAAUGAAUAUGCCUGGACCUCCCGGACGUACAUGCUCUUUGUCGAGCAACCCGUUGGUGUCGGCUUUUCCUGGGGACCCAUGCCCCAAACUGAAGACGACGUCGCCGACGAUAUGGUCGGAUGGUUGCACAAUUUCUUUACCAUCUUUGAAGAACUACAGACGUUCGACUUUUACAUUGUUGGAGAAAGCUAUGCCGGCAUGUAUGCACCCGCCAUUGCGCGAGGGAUCCAUCACGCCAAUCGUCGAAAUGAUAAUGUUGAAAACGACCACGGCAGAACCAUCAAUCUAAAAGGUAUUGGGCUUGGCAAUGGCUGGAUUGAUGUCGAAAUUCAAGGUUCUGCCGUCAUCCAUUAUGCAUGGUGGCAUGGAAUGAUUGACCAGCGGCAGCGGGAUGCAUUCAUGCAGGAGUGGAAUACUUGCUUGUACAGUUCGCCUGUCAAUCCUCAACACAAAGAGGAAGACAACCACCUGAUCGACAAGCCAUACCACGCAUUCACGACACCCGAAGAGUGCGGUAUUGAAGCUGCUAUUCUCAAAGCUGCCGGGCAGGACAUCUGGAAGGGCAAAUUAGAACCCAACACUUAUGAUGUCACAACCUGGGAUGCAUAUCCAGUCAUUCAGGGAGCCAACACAACAACCUUUCAGCAAUUCUACAACAAUCCGGCCGUUCAAAAAGCCCUCAAUGCUCCUGUAGGUGUCUUUUGGGAGGGAUGCGUUCCAGGGGCGGGAAGGCGAAGACGCUUGGAGCACAUCGGGCGACGACGACGUUUGCAAGGCGAACCUGGAAGCAUCAUGUUGGACAAUGAUCGCCCUCUGUCCGUAUUGCCUUAUAUAGCAGAAUUAUUGGAUGAUACUGACAUUCGUGUCUUGGUGUACAAUGCUGAUAUGGAUAUGAGUGUGUGUGCACAAGGAUCGGAGAAUUCCCUGACCGCCAUGCAGUGGAGUGGUGCCGAGGACUGGGCCACACAGGAACGAGGAUUGUGGACGACCGACACGCAGGUGGACAAGGUAGCGGGAUAUGCCAAAGAAGUCAAGGGACUGACCUUUGUGGUGGUUAGAAACAGUGGGCACAUGGUACCAUACAAUCAACCUUUGAAUGGGUUGGACUUGCUGACGAGGUUCCUUCGAAAUGAAUCUUUUGUCGACCAUGCGUUGCCCUUCUACACGGCGGAUGAACUUUUAGCUGCAGAAACGAAAACAAAAUCCGCAAGAGAAUCUUUUGUCACAUGGCGAGACAUCCUGGUGUAUGCCGUCCUCUUGGUGGCUGGUUUUGGGGUUGGCUAUCUUGCGUCAAACCAGUCUCGUCGGGACGGGUAUGAAUCGGUAAAGCAUUGAAGUCCAUUCCCACACGGCACUUGACGCCGAUCACAUCAAACCUCAUCAAUUACAUGUAGUAGAUCUUCAUGACUUGCAUCUGCAUACAAAGAUAGUAAAAACUACAAUGUACUCGUUUAUCCUU